AAAACGAUUAAAAAAAAUGGCUGACGCAACCGAAAAAGCUGAGCACGACCGUAUUUUCAAGAAAUUUGAUGCUAAUGGAGAUGGGAAAAUCUCAGCCGCCGAGCUAGGAGAUGCUCUCAAGAACCUUGGCUCGGUCACGCACGACGACAUUAAGCGUAUGAUGGCCGAGAUUGAUACCGACGGUGAUGGAUACAUAUCGUACCAAGAAUUUUCUGAUUUCGCUUGUGCCAAUCGCGGUCUUAUGAAAGAUGUCGCCAAGAUUUUCUAAGCAACAUUUUCUGAUCUAUAUUCAUAUGAAAAGGUUUUGAGCUUUAAUCAUGUUAAAUUUGUUCUGUACUGACAAUCAUCUGAUGAAGUAUGUUUUGUUUUUUUCAUUGUUUUAAUUUCAUGUAA